AGUUUGUUCAACAUUCCCUAGAUAAAUCCUAUCCCAGCACCUUUAGAUACAAUUCAACACAUAUCACAACAGCAAGGAAAUGGAGGAUCACAAAAUGAGAGAGAAAAACAGCCAACUUGGAAACAGUAGUUGAAGUAAAAAUACGAAAAAUGCCGCGCUUCGUGGAUUUUUUGCUGGUGAUUGCGCAUUUGGCAGUUGCUGUGUCUGAUCUUAACUCAUGUCAGCCUGUUAGUAAACAUUUCUACAAGAAAUACUCAACGAAAACUCCGUAUCAGUAUAUUGUUGAUGAAUUGGAUGAGAAAGAGAAUAUUCAACCAAAUUCAGAAGAUUGUCAGGACGUGCAGGUUUGGAGUAUUGUACGACAUGGGACCAGAUAUCCAAGCAAAGAAGCAAUCAGAUUUAUAACUAAGGAUGUUGUAGAAAUCCGUGAUAGGAUAUUGAACAGCUCGAACUCAUUGAUGUGCAAGGAGGACCUAGAUAAUCUUCUGAGCUGGAAACCUGAACAACUGAACCUUGAUCAGUCCAAAGAUCUUCAUGUCGAGGGUGAGGAUGAGUUGAUCUAUAUGGGGGAGAGAAUGGUUUCCAGAUUCCCUAAUCUACUCGCGGAAUAUCAACCUCAACAUUUUCUAUUUAGAGCUACAGGAACUCAAAGAGCUGAAUUGUCUGGAAGAAGUUUUGCUGUAGGUUUAUUUUCACGAAUGAUUGCUCAUAAGGUGAAGUUUGAAGAUCCCAUUCAACCACAUGAUCCUCUUCUCAGGUUCUACAAAUUGUGUAAAAAAUGGUUGAAGGAGGUUAAAAAGAACAAUAGUUCCAGGAUCGAGUUCGAUUUGUUCUCAGAAUCUAGUCAUAUUCAGGAGAUCAGGAAAAAUCUGACUGCUCUACUUGGGUUGGAACAAACUUUAACAAUAUCGGACCUAGACAAGAUCUACGUGAGUUGUAACUUUGACCAGGCUUGGAAACCUAGAAAACUUAGUCCUUGGUGUACACUCUUCUCUGAUAAGGCUCUAGAAAUAAUGGAGUACAGAGAAGAUUUAGAAUAUUACUGGAUAGAUGGACCAGGAAACGAAAUUUCAUCUUCGCCAGCCUGUGUUCUACUCAAAGAUGUUCUAAACAACUUUCAGAAUUCCACACUAGGUGUUCCUGAGGAACGAGGUAUAUUCUACUUUACACACUCUGGAACACUGUUAAAAUUCCUGGCGUUCCUUGGAACUCACCAGGAUACUCAGCAUCUAACAAGUUUAAACUUUAAUACUUUAAAAAACAGAAAAUGGAGAACCAGUAGAAUUGGAGCUUUUGCCUCUAAUAUUUCGUUAGUACUCCGGCAGUGUAAUGGAUGGUUCUCAGUCUGUGUUUACGUGAAUGAAAAAAUAGAGCGUAUACCUGGCUGUUCUGAGACCUGCUGCUCCUUGGAGAAGUUUAUUAAGCUGUUCAAGACUAGACUGGACAAGUGUGAUCUAGACGAGAUCUGUGAAAACAAGAUAGGAGAAGAUGAUAAUAUGUCUGCACCAGAUGAUAGAUUUUAAGUUAUAUGUAUUCUUGAAAUUUUACAUUAUUUUGUGCAGGAAGGCAAUGAUCAGUUAAAUUCGUGAUCAGCUGGCUACUUGAUCAGCUGACUUUGUUAUCAGCUGACUUCAUGCGACAUUUUCCUAGCUGAAGAAUUCCUGGUAGCCCAAUUGCGGACGUUUGAUCUAAUAAUAAAUUUAUUAAGAAAUGUUAUCAAAAAUAUUUGAUGAUAUUAAAAUAUAUUUUCUGACAUUAUUUCA